AUGCUUUCAAUGCAAGUUGUUUCAUUGAUUUCGUUGCUGGUCUCAGUGUGUCUGGCACAGCCAUUGCCUCUUUCAAAAAGAUACUUUGAAUAUGAGAAUUAUAAAGUCAGGGGUGUGAACCUUGGUGGUUGGUUGGUGUUGGAACCAUUCAUUACCCCAUCGCUUUUCGAAACGUUCCGUACCAAUGAGUAUAACGAUGACGGUAUCCCAUACGAUGAGUACCAUUAUUGCCAAUAUUUGGGCGAAGACCUUGCUCGUGAUAGAUUGAAACAGCAUUGGUCCACUUGGAUCACUGAAGCGGAUUUUGAAGAUAUUUCCAACACUGGGUUGAACACUGUCAGAAUCCCAAUUGGGUACUGGGCUUUCGAAUUGUUGGACGACGAUCCAUACGUGAGUGGAUUACAAGAAGCGUAUUUGGAUCAGGCUAUCGAAUGGGCCAGAAGUUAUGGAUUGAAGGUGUGGGUUGACUUACACGGUGCUCCUGGGUCUCAAAAUGGGUUUGAUAACUCAGGUCUUAGAGAUCAGGUCGAAUUCCAACAGGAUGGUAACUGGGACGUCUUUAAAAACGUCUUGGCUUACGUCAUUGAGAAAUACUCAAGGGAUGAAUUUACUGACACCGUUGUUGGUGUCGAAGUCCUCAAUGAACCAUUGGGUCCAGUCAUCGAUAUGGAUAAGUUGAAGGAAUUGUACAACUGGGCAUACGAUUACUUGAGAAAUGACUUACAAAGAGAUCAAAUCCUUGUUAUCCAUGAUGCUUUCCAGAAGGCCAACUACUUUGACGAUCAAUUGACCGUGGAACAAGGCGCUUUCGGCGUAUUGGUCGACCAUCACCAUUACCAAGUGUUCUCUCCUGAAGAGGUCGGCAGAACCAUCGAUGAACAUAUCUCUGUUGUCUGUGAACAAGGUAAAGAGACAUUAACCGAAGCUCAUUGGAACGUCGUUGGUGAAUGGUCUGCCGCAUUAACUGACUGUACCAAAUGGUUGAACGGUGUUGGAAUUGGUGCCAGAUACGACGGAUCCUUCGUUAAGAACCAGGAUACUUCCUACUGGAUUGGUUCUUGUGAGGGAAGUCAAGAUAUUAGUACCUGGACCUCCGAUAAAAAGGACAACUACAGAAAAUACAUCGAAGCUCAACUUGACGCAUAUGAGAUUAGAAACGGUUGGAUCUACUGGUGUUACAAGACCGAAGACACCCUUGAAUGGGACUACAGAAAAUUGGUCCAAAGUGGAUUGUUCCCACAACCAUUAACUAAUAGACAAUUUCCAAACCAAUGUAGCAGUACCUAUUAA